GGGCCAGACAGAAGCGGCGAUGGGGGCGAAGUGAGCAGGCUCAAAGUUCCAGACGAUACCUACCCCGCGGCGGCCUCCAGUCGCGCCGGGGAACGUGUGCUGAGCAGCGCCAGCAGGCGUUAGAGGCGGACGCCAUGGCCACAACCUUCCGGGCUAGCGGUAACUGCAGGGCGGCCGGGACUCGCUGGGACGCGAAACUGAACCCUCCCCUUCCUUAGGAAGUUGUCGUCCCUGCCCGCGGGUCGGCGCGCCCACCGGUCCAGGCACGCGCUGCGAAGGGACACGCCGGUGUUGGGGCUGCAGGCUAAUUGGCGCUAGGAACGCCCAAGCUCCGGCCUUUAGCUCUUGAGCAGGGUGGGGCCAAGAGGUUGCAUCCGAGCUUGGGCCUUCUGCAGGGGAGAAGGGGGCGAAGAGCUUUGUGACUGAUCUGGACUCUCUGCCGCCAGAGCAUCAGCAUAUCCGCUACAACCCGCUACAAGAUGAGUGGGUGCUGGUGUCAGCGCACCGCAUGAAGCGUCCCUGGCAGGGGCAGGUAGAGCCCCAGCCUCUGACGACAGUACCCCGCCAUGACCCCCACAACCCUCUCUGUCCGGGGGCCACACGGGCCAAUGGGAAGUAAGGUCAUGUGCUUCCACCCCUGGUCGGAUGUGACACUGCCUCUCAUGUCGGUCCCCGAAAUCCGAGCUGUUGUUGAUGCUUGGGCCUCAGUCACAGAGGAACUGGGUGCCCAGUACCGUUGGGUGCAGAUCUUUGAAAACAAAGGAGCCAUGAUGGGCUGUUCUAACCCCCAUCCCCACUGCCAGGUGUGGGCCAGCAGCUUCCUGCCAGAUGUUGCCCAGCGUGAGGAGCGAUGUCAGCGGGCCUAUCAGAGUCAGCAUGGAGAGCCCCUGCUCGUGGAGUACGGCCGCCAGGAGCUGCUCAGGAAGGAACGUCUGGUCCUAACUAGUGAGCACUGGUUGGUGCUGGUCCCCUUCUGGGCAGUGUGGCCCUUUCAGACAUUACUGCUGCCCCGUCGGCAUGUUCGGAGGCUGCCUGAGCUGACCCCUGCUGAGCGUGACGAUCUAUCCUCCAUCAUGAAGAAGCUCUUGACCAAGUACGACAACCUAUUUGAAACAUCCUUCCCCUACUCCAUGGGCUGGCACGGGGCUCCCACAGGAUCAGAGGCUGGAGCCAACUGGGACCACUGGCAGCUACAUGCUCAUUAUUACCCUCCACUCCUGCGCUCUGCUACAGUCCGGAAGUUCAUGGUUGGCUAUGAAAUGCUUGCCCAGGCCCAGAGGGACCUCACCCCGGAGCAGGCUGCAGAAAGACUAAGGGCACUUCCUGAGGUUCAUUACCGCCUGGGGCAGAAGGACAGGGAGACAGCAGCCAUCGCCUGACCACGCUGACCACAGGGCCUUCUGCCUGAGGAACCAGGGCUUAGAAUUUGGGCAGAUGUGGGAUCAAUAAAACUAUGCUUCUCAAACUUUAA